AAUUUGAGCAGCGGUAGUCUCUGGCUUUGCAGCCCUCACUGUGGCCACGUCGUAGGGAUCCCAGGACAGGUCUGGGUCACGCAUGCGUGGUGCGCAUCCUGUCCCUGGCUGUGCAAACUUGGGCAGAUCACUUUGCUCUUUGCUUGUUUCCGGGUAGUAAAUUGAACGAACAACACCGCACUCAUCAAUGUGCCUUAAUCCUUCUUUCCUUUUCUCUCCUUGCGGGUCAAGACUGAGCGAUUGUGCUGAUGGCAAUGCUGCGGGCACAUUCUGGUUGAGCGAUGUGUCUGCCUGGUAAAUAUAUUCAAGUUGAUGGAGGUCGGGACGGAGUGGCGGAUGCUGUCCAGAGAGGUUUCAACCCACGCCUGGACACAAGAAGUGCUUUCUGAGACAUCGGUACCUCUGGAUCCAGCUAAGAAAGCAGCAUAUCUCCAGCCUCACACCAUGGAAAUCCAGCUUAAGGACCCUCAACACCAACAGGAUUGUGAUGAUGUGAUAAGAAUAAAGAAAGAAGAGCCGGAUAUAAAGCAGGAACUUACUGUAGAUAUGGAAUCCCAAGAAAAGUUAUCAGACCAAAUCAAUGGAGAGGCUUUUGAAUGUGGAGAAACCCAAGAACAUAAAGGAUGGAUGGAAAGAUAUCAGAGAAACACUUCAAAUGAGAGGAGAUUUAAGUGUGAUGAAUGUGGGAAAAGAUUCACUCUAAAGUCAAGCCUCAUUAGACAUAAAAGAAUCCACCCUGGAGAGAGAUCCUAUUCGUGUAAUGUAUGUGGCAAAACUUUCAUUCAGAGCUCACAGCUUACUGACCAUCAGAGAAUACAUAGCCAGUUAAAACCACAUCAGUGUGAUGAGUGUGAGAAAGGCUUUUAUUACAGGGCACAUCUUGUUCAGCAUCAAAGGAUCCACUCUGGAGAAAAACCUUUCCAAUGUAAUGAGUGUGGGAAAGCUUUUCAUUACAGUGCAGGCCUUAUUCGACACCAGAGGACCCACACAGAAGAGAAACCAUACCAGUGUAAUGACUGUGGGAAAGCUUUUCAUUAUAACUCGGGCCUUAUUCGACACCAGAGGACCCACACAGGAGAGAAACCAUACCAGUGCAACGACUGUGGGAAAGCUUUCUGUCUGAGCUCACAUCUGAUACAACAUCAGAGAGUUCAUACUGGAGAGAAGCCAUACCAGUGUAGUGAGUGUGGGAAAAGCUUCAGCCAGAGCUCAGGCCUCUUCCAUCACCAGAGAAGCCACAGUGGGGAGAAACCAUAUGAAUGUGAUGAGUGUGGAAAGGCUUUCAGUCAUAGUUCAGCUCUUGUUGGACACCAGAGAAUGCACAGUGGAGAGAGGCCCUAUGAGUGUGAUGUGUGUGGGAAAGCUUUCGGCUAUAGCUCGCAUCUUCUGGGACACCGAAGAAUCCACACUGGAGAGAAGCCAUAUGAAUGCCAUGUGUGUGGAAAAGCUUUCCGGCAGAGCUCACACCUCAUUGUACAUCAGCAAAUCCACACUGAAGAGAAGCCCUGGUAAUGUCCAGAGUUAUUUUCCAUCUAUGCUCAUUCCUGUGGGACAUCAAAAAAGCACAGCUAGAUGUAGGGAACUCUGUGAUCACUAUUGCAAUUUCAGCAGUCACUCGGAAAUACUUACAGAAGCUGAGAUAGACAAGCACCUGAUGGUUUACCAAACAAGACACUAAUGUUCUGCCACUAAGCACAUCAUGUGAUGAACUAUGACACUGGAAGUGUUCAUUUCAUUAUUCUGAAACUUUUCUUCUCUGAAGCAAGUGGCUCCAGCACUCUAAAUGUUCUGUUAGACAUAUAACAAGAUUUUAGAGAUUACUACUGUUUCUUUUCUCCUUCCCUUUCCAUUCUUCCCCUUUUUUGGAGUUGGCUAAAGUAUGAAUUUAGAAUUAACAUCUGAUCUACACUUAAAAAAAAAACUAUGAGUUUUUUGUUAGCUUGAUAAAAUAUAUUAACCUAUGAAUUAUAUACACUAAAAAUAUUGUGUACUACAAAAGCUAUUUUGUAAUAUUGGAAUGAACUAUGACUUGCAUGGGUAGGAUAGGUUAGGGGUGGUGGAGCAAGAUUUAUCUUGCAAUUUCCCAGUGACUUUUCACAUCUUAAACCAGAGAGAGCAAACAGGCCAAUGGGUUCUAUUUAGCCUGUGCAUGCAUUUUUCUCACAACGUAUGAUUAUCUCUUGGUAAUAUAAAAUUACUGCCACUACUUAAAGAGAUUUUACAUAAAAUCUGACUUUCCAGAUUCUCUUACAAAAAAUGCAUGAUGUGGCAACACCAGGCACCACAUUCCCAUGUGGGAACAGUUGACUAGAGCUGACUGUUGUCUAAUGAGACAUGGUCCCCACUGCCGCAUAGCUUCCUACUGUCUUAUAUACCUCCCUUCAUUCAUUUUGCCUGUGUGACCCCUACCACUGCCUUAAGGGUUUCUCAAGGAGACUUCAGGGCUCUAGGUCCCUUACCACCAAAACAGCUUCACUUUAAUUAGUUUUAUAUAUCGGCCUCCCAAAUAAGAUUUCUCUGAAGAUUUUCUGCUAACAACAGUUUGAAGAUUUAGAUUAAAUAAUAAAUUUUAAAAUGUAACUUUUGAGCACCUGAAGGUAGAGGAAAGCCACUCUAAAAUUUUCUUUAGAUACAAUUUAUAGGUAAUCUAUUGAAAGUCAAUAAUAAUAGCUUCUAAAGAAAAGCUAUGACAAACCUAGACAGCAUAUUAAAAAGCAGAGACAUUACUUUGCUGACAAAGGUCCGUCUAGUCAAAGCUAUGGUUUUUCCAGUAGUCAUGUAUGGAUGUGAGAGUUGGACCAUAAGGAAGGCUGAGUGCCGAAGAAUUGAUGCUUUUGAACUGUGGUGUUGGAGAAGACUCUUGUAAGAGUCCCUUGGACUGCAAGGAGAUCGAACUAGUCAAUCCUAAAGGAAAUCACCCAUGAAUAUUCAUUGGAAGGACUGAUACUGAAGCUCCAAUACUUUGGCCACCUGAUGCAAGGAGCUGACUCAGUAAAGACCCUGAUGCUGGGAAAGAUUGAAUGCAGGAGGAGAAGGGGAUGACAGAGGAUGAGAUGAUUGGAUGGCAUCAUUGACUCAAUGGACAUGAGUUUGAGCAAGCUCCAGGAGACAGUGAAAGACAGGGAGGCCUUGUGUGCUGCAGCCCAUGGGGUCGCAAGGUCAGGCACAACUGAGCGACUGAACAACAAAAACAACAAAUUCUUAGAGACCAGUUAAUCAGGUGAGAUGAAAAACAUAAAAACACAUAUGAAGAGAAUCAACAUUUAAGUGAAAAAUUGAAAAAAUGCAGGUCCAAAAGUAGAGAUCAUUUGGAGAAGAGAACCAUUGAAAUGUGAAGCAUUCAGUAAUAGAAGCAGUUGUGGGAAAGCAGUGGGUUAAGGUCUGAAUGGGCAAGUGGGGAGGGGUGAAAAGAAAAAGCAGUUAAGAAAGGGAAAGACAGGGAUAAACAGAGAAGGAAAGCAGCGGAGAGAAGUUAAGGGAAAAGGGGAAAGGUCAGAGACAUUAGAAAAACAAAUUUCAAACAGGAAAUGGAAGCAAUGAAAACAUUAUAAGUGAAAAAGCAAUCUGUAAAGAAACAUGAACGGGAGAUUGAGGCUUUGCAGAGGCUGGAGUACUUGCUUUGAUCAUGGGUCUCCCGGUGACUUCAGAGUAAUAAUCAAUCCUUUAUUUCCAUGCCAUGUAGGCCAAAUCCCUCAUAUGAAAGAACUGAACCUGUAUUCACUAAUGUCUUUAUGAACCACUCAGGAUCCUGGCCCUGUGUGCGUCUCUGAGAUUUGAGACACAGGACACCUCUUUUCUCUACCACACUCUAAGCCCCAACUUGUUGAACUCUGCUCAGCCUGGACUCUACCUUCUUAGCAAAACCAACAAAGCAGAAGGAUUCUCUUGAAGAGCAAUAAUAUAUUCUUGGCCUCUCUGGGAUGCAUUGUUGUUGUUCAGUCACUAAGUCAUAUCCAACUCUUUGGGACCCCGUGGACUGUAGCCUGCCAGGCUCCUCUUGCCUGUGGGGUUUUUCCAGGCAGUCAUUCUGGAGUGGAUUGCUGUUUCUUUCUCCAGGGGAUCUUCCCAGUUCAGGGAUCAAACCUGCAUCUCCUGCAUUGGCAGGCUCAUUCUUUAGUUCUGAGCCACCAGGGGAGCCCCUCUCCCUCACCUGACCAACCACAAAUCAUUAUCUUGGCUCUAUUUUCAGACAGUAUCCAGGAUCUUGCCACUUACCACUCCUACUGCCCUAGGCUUGCCUAUUCCAUUAAAGAGGAAAAAGCAUGUUGAGAGAUAGUAAUGCCCAUUAUGAAUUAAAUAAUAUCUGCAAAAGGAAAAGCCCUUUGCAAACUAUUAACGAUAGUAGCUACCAUUUGUUGAACGCCAGUGUCCCAGACACUGUACCAAGCACCUUAUUAUAUAUCUCAUGUAAACUUUACAUCUCUUCUAUAAGCUCUAUUAUAUCUCAAACAGUGUCUACAUAUAAUUUUUAAAAUGAACAGUUUUAUUAUAUUACAGUUAAGCAGCCUACUAAAAUGUUUAUAGAAUAAGAUCACACAACUAUUUUAAACAUUUAAAAUAGCAAAAAUUGGAAGUAAAUGACAACAAAAUGUCAACAGUAACUGCAUAUAGGUGAUGAAAAUAGAUUCCUAUUCUUUCUAUUUCUUUUAUAUUCCAAAUGGAAAAGUUAGAAUUCAUCUAUACAUGUAAACUUUUUAAAAAUUAAAAUGCUACAGAAUA